AUGGAGGACGACUAUGCAGCACCGCAUCUUCCAACGGACAUCAUGUACAAGAUACCGGCACACAUCUCUGAUCCAGCCUCCCUUGCCCGCCUCGCUUCAUCCUGCAAGUUCUGGCGCGAUCUCAUCAAGGACCCGACCUUCCUUGACCGCCUUAGGAGGCAGCACCGCGACCACGCCUUCACCCCAUCCCUCCUUCUCGGCUUCUUCCUCCAGGACAAGAAGCAUCAUAUCGACAAAACCCGCUGUUUGGCACCAAGCUUCGUGCCGAUUUCUGAAUUGUCACGAUUUGUUGGCAGCAAAUCUGCUCGCAAUGCUAUCGAGCCACUAUCCCUCGAGACCUUCAUUCCAGGUCUUGGAGCAAGCCUCAACUUCUAUAAGCCAUUUGCAUCCCAGGACAAUUUCCUGGUUCUUUGCCGCCAAUUAAAAGUCGACAAUGGUCAGGACAUGAAGGAUGUGCUAUGUGUCUGCAAUCCUCUCACUGGUGAAACCUUUGAGAUUCCUCACCACAGAUAUGUACCUCCUAACCAUUAUGUCUUGUUUGUCACCAAUGAUGUCGACAGUUAUGGACGCGUGUCCCAGUCCUUUCAACUGACUGCCAUUUUUUGGCUAAAAAAGGCAAAGAGUUUCGUCUGUGUGUGCUACAGCUCGAAGACCGGAACAUGGACAAGGGCCGAAGGAGAACCUGAGCUAAUGCCUGACCUUUACUUGGUGUCAUGCUCAGCCGCUGCUUCUGGUGGUGUCAUCCAUUGGCUCUGUGGUACUUCGGAACAAAUGUCGCUCACCCAUGUUGCCACAUUGCAUAUUGAAAAUAUGGGGCUGUCAUACCUGGAGCUCCCACCCGAAGCAAAGCGCAUCAAGAUACCAGUGCUGGCGAACUCAGCAGAUGGGGGGAUUCUGCUGCUCUUCAUGCAAGGCCUUGAGAUGUCACUCUGGAAACACACCGGUGCGCUUGGCAGUGACAGCAGCAGCAGCUGGGUGCUUUCUGAAAAGAUUGACAUGAGAAGUUCCUUGCCUCAGCGGGUGGCUACGCUGGGUAGCCGGGCAAAGGUCAGGUUGGAGAUGUUUGGAGGCAAGAGUGGGGUGGUGGUGCUCAGGGUUAUUGGAGAAGGCCUCUUUCUGUUCAGCCUCAGUGAUGGGUCGAUGAGGGAGAUUGACAGUGUGACCAAGGAUUACUUUCUCUGCCCAUAUGAAAUUGACUGGCUGUCGUGCCUCGCAAUCACAAACCUCGUCGUCGAUGGCUCGUUGUCGCAGGACGUAGAAAGGAAAAAGGCUCAAGACAGAUGGAGGACAUUAAUGGGAAUGAAUUUGGCGACGAACGGAGCAUCUUAA